UUCCCUUGCAUGCUUGGUGCCUCUGUCUUUCUACCCUUCCCUUAGCCACUGCAGGCUUCUGUGGAGUUGUGUGAUUAGUCGUUUUAUUGAUGCCCUUGAUUCCAUUGAGAGUGUUCUUUUUUCCAUGACUUUUCCCUAGAUGGAAGCACUGGGCCAGCUGAGCCUGAGAAAGGUAAAAAGGGGUCUCUAACAACUGAAUCUAUGACUCAGUCCAGAGGACCUCUUCUAUUCAAAGACCUUCCACAAAACUCUGCUGUGCAAGAAUAACAGCUUUACAAAGGGAUUCACUGUGAGGAGUUCAAAAUGAAGAAGAAAGAUAGAGAGGAUUGCAUGGAGCUGUGCCCCCAUCAGUGUGUUGAGAUGGAAAGGUGUGAAAGUAAAGAGCUGGAUGUUGAAAUAAGGAACCUGAUAGGGAAGAGCAACACUUUGGAGUCGUGUGAAGACCCCAAACCUCUUGCCCAAGAGAGGCUGAGCCCCCAGAGAACUUUGUGUUCCCUUAAGAGCCACAGUGAAGGAAAGGCUCCAGGACGGCUUGGAUGCACCUGGGCAGGUGGGAGUGACAUGGAAGCGCCAGCAGAACCAUUGCAGUCAAGGCGCACAUUACUGAGCAAAAAGAAGCCUUUAUCAUCCAGUUCUCUGGAGCAACAGAUUCUCACACUGGAAAGACAGAGACGAGAGCUUUUGGAGGUGAACAAGCAAUGGGAUCAUCAAUUUAGAAGUAUGAAACAGCUUUAUGAAAAUCAGCUGGCAGAGAUGAAGGCAAGGCUGGAUGUUUCGGAGAUAAGAGUGAGCGAGCUGGAGCAGGAGAGGCACCAGCAGCAUCCAGAGGAGGAGAGGUGGCGAGUUCUGGGCAGAGAGAGGCUGUUGCAGGAAAAGAAAGAUACAGAGGUCCUUAGUGAAGCUCUCCAUGAAAUGAAGGAAGAGAACAGGCUCCUGAAGCAGAAGAACGCCUCAAUGACCAGGAGGAAGGAAUACUAUGAGAGUGAAAUAAGCCGUCUCAACAAGGCCCUUCUGGACAUGUUGAAAAAGCAGCACCCACCUGUUGUUGGGACUCCUCCAGGGAAGGGUGACAGGAAUAGCACUGAAGAGAUGAGAACCCAACUUGAAGUUCUUAAACAGCAGGUCCAAAUAUACGAGGAAGACUUCAGGAAGGAGAGAUCUGACCGAGAGAGGCUUAAUGAGGAGAAAGAAGCAUUGCAGAAAAUUAAUGAGAGAUUACAAUCUCAACUGAGUAAACUCAGCUCUCAGACAAAAGACCUCCCAGCAGAGCCUGAGAGGCCCAGUUACCCAGCUCCACUCUUUCUCUCUCCGUGUGUCAGUUAUGGGGGUUGUGGGAUGGUUCUUCACUGUCCGGAUCCUCAGGCACAUCCAGUGUCUCACAUGGCGCAGCAGCGCUCGCCAGACUAUCAGUGGUAUGUUCCUGACCAGCUUCCGCCAGAUGUGCAGCACAAGGCAAAUGAUUCUUUCCUGGAGAAGGGAGCCCAUCGCUGAUAGCCUCCGGCCUGGAGAAGUGUAAACCAAAGGCUGCAAGGGACUCUUGCAACUUCAUUAUUCUGUUUUCUUCUGGGGUUUUUUUGCUCCUAGCUCCUUAUCUCUUCAGUGCAUGUGAUUUAUGCCUGGUAAAAUCCCUGUGAGGACAAUAGAAAAGCAGCUCAUACAGGCUGGUGAUCCUCAGGAUCCAGUUAAACUCUGCUGGGAAGCGUUACUGCCCUUUGUUCUGAAGAUGCUGUUUGUGCUGCCUUGUGAGAAUCUCUUUAAAAGCCUGAUGAGAAGAGAUGCAGUUCUUGCUGCAGAUUCAGACUGUCACAUCUGGUUUGAAUUCAAGAGCUUACAAGCCCAAUAGUGGUGUGAUAUUUUUGUUGUUGUUGUUUUCGUUUGGGAAUGAUGAAGCUUUUUAUUUGAGUGCAGGGAAAGAUUUGUUGAUUGAUCACCUUGAAUUCUGUCCUCUCCUUGGUUGGUAAAAGGGAAAUCUGCUUCAGUGUUUAAACUCCUUUGUGUAGUUGUGAUUAGGAUACCACCCAUGCCAGGCCAGGUAAAAGGUGCCCACUUCCCCUUUUUCAGUCCAGGUCAGAUCUCCUUUUGUUUUGGCUCUCAAAUUACAUGUAAAACAUAAACACAGGGUUUUUUUUUCCUGUGUGUAUUUAUUUGUAUUGCAAGAAUUUUAGUAGAAAUAUUGAAUUGGUUUAACUUCUCAGUGAAUGUGGUCUUAUAUUUCCAAAUUUCUCUUGUAAUGAAUCUGAACAUCAACAUGUAACCUCUAACCAACAAUAAAACCUGACUUUUUAAGUGAAA